AAAAAAACCCCAAAAGACCAAAAAAAAAAAAAAAAAGGUCAUAGCGUCCCUGGGUGGGCUCGAACCACCAACCUUUCGGUUAACAGCCGAACGCGCUAACCGAUUGCGCCACAGAGACCGAGUCGACCACUGGCGUAGUAGUGAGCCGAGUCAAUGGGAGCGAGCCUGGACGGCGCAGACGCCGUAAGAGAUGCCGCCAUCGGGCGAAAUAAGUGGAACCCGGGGGAGAAAGGGAAGGAUCCUGAUGGGGGAGGGAGGCGAAAGAGCUUGGGAGGAGAGGACGCGGGACGUGCACGCCCUUCCUCCAUUGGAACGGCGAGAGGUCGACUCUGGCUAUCCUCAGGUUCUACCUCAAACGUGGAGAGGCGCGGAAAGUCCCUUUUUAGGGUGACCUGAGAUUGAGGAUACGUGAAGUCGGGCCGCAGGAAGUCCGCCAAAUCAGAACAAGCUUCGGCUUCCAAACUCCCCUUCACGGCUGAACCCCUGCAGCCGCAAAAUACCCGCGACGCCUACACGCGACGCCUUCCCCUUCCCACCUGCAUCAUUAAAUUUCCAUUUAAUGGGCGCCUCCUAUAUACUAGGCACUGUUGUGGGCCAGUGAAUAUUCCGAGCCUACGCAAGCCUGGUACACAGUAAACGCAGGAUUUCUGGAGUGAAUAAAUAAGCUAGCACGACUAAUACGACGAACUCAUACAUCACGUUGAUAAGCGUCACGGUGCCCCUUCAGCUGGGGCCGCAGCCUCCUAAACCCAGUUUCACCAGCCCACGUGCGCGCAGGCUCCGCCCCCAGUCCCUGAGGUCCCGAGUCCAGGUCCGCCGAGAUCCCACUAUGCACCGUGUCGCAAGUCUCUUCCGCAGCCACAGUGACUUUUCACUUCCGCUUUUCCCGCCUCCGUUUUGACUUUGCAACCAAACUACCUGUACUGGUGACCGACAGGGACGUGCGACCAAUAGAAAGCCCAGAUGUCCAGGAAGAGUCCGCCUAUCAGCCAAUGAAGAGACAGCAGUGAGAGCGGUUGCGCAGUGAAGGCUAGACCCGGUUUACUGGAAUUGCUCUGGCGAUCGAGGGGUCCUAGUACACCGCAAUCAUGUCUAUUAUGUCCUAUAACGGAGGGGCCGUCAUGGCCAUGAAGGGGAAGAACUGUGUGGCCAUCGCUGCAGACCGGCGCUUCGGGAUCCAGGCCCAGAUGGUGACCACGGACUUCCAGAAGAUCUUUCCCAUGGGUGACCGGCUGUACAUCGGUCUGGCCGGGCUCGCCACUGACGUCCAGACAGUUGCCCAGCGCCUCAAGUUCCGGCUGAACCUGUAUGAGUUGAAGGAAGGUCGGCAGAUCAAACCUUAUACCCUCAUGAGCAUGGUGGCCAACCUCUUGUAUGAGAAACGGUUUGGCCCUUACUACACUGAGCCAGUCAUUGCCGGGUUGGACCCGAAGACCUUUAAGCCCUUCAUUUGCUCUCUAGACCUCAUCGGCUGCCCCAUGGUGACUGAUGACUUUGUGGUCAGUGGCACCUGCGCCGAACAAAUGUACGGAAUGUGUGAGUCCCUCUGGGAGCCCAACAUGGAUCCGGAUCACCUGUUUGAAACCAUCUCCCAAGCCAUGCUGAAUGCUGUGGACCGGGAUGCAGUGUCAGGCAUGGGAGUCAUUGUCCACAUCAUCGAGAAGGACAAAAUCACCACUAGGACACUGAAGGCCCGAAUGGACUAACCCUGUUCCCAGAGCCCACUUUUUUUUCUUUUUUUGAAAUAAAAUAGCCUGUCUUUCA